AUGUUUCUGCUGCAGGUGCCGGGCCAGUUUCUGUCUCUGUUCUACACAGACCGAUUGGGUCUUUACCCACAUGUAGACCUCAGUAGCAGGAAACAGUUAAAUGGUGGCAUCCCUCAGAGAGGUAACCUGAAAGCCAGCAUGAACAAGGCCAGAGCAGAUAUCAACUACUACAUCCCAUCCAAGACAAGCCGAGGCUUGGCUGUGAUAGACUGGGAGGAAUGGCGCCCCCUGUGGGGCAGAAAUUGGGGCACAAAGAGAAUCUACCAGACAUUAUCUGUGGCCCACCUUAUGCAGACAAACCGCUCCCUCACAGUGCAGCAGGCCACAGAGGGAGCCAAACAGCAGUUUCAGGUGGCAGCUAAGAAUUUCAUGUCAGGGAUGUUGGCAAUGGGCAGAGCUAUGAGACCCAACUAUCUGUGGGGCUUCUACCUGUUUCCAAACUGCUACAAUUAUGGCUGGGAGAAGCCAAACUUCACAGGCCGCUGCUCUGCGGAGGUGAGGAGGCAGAAUGAUAAGCUGCUCUGGCUGUGGGAGUCCAGCACUGCCCUCUUCCCCUCUGUGUACCUGCAGGUUUCUCUGGCAGACAAUCCCAGAGCUGCUCUGAUGGUGAGAAACCGUGUCCAGGAAGCUCUGCGAGUAUCUGCCCUACCCAGAAGGAGUGGCGCUGCUCCUGUGUUUGCUUACAUGCGACCUGUCUUUGUUGAUCAGAACAGACGCUUCCUCAGUCAGGGAGACUUGGUCAGCACCAUUGGGGAGAGUGCAGCAGUGGGAGUGUCUGGCGCUGUGCUGUGGGGGGCCAGUGCAGACUAUGAUGACCAGACGUCUUGCUCAGCUCUCUCAUCCUACCUCUCCACCACGCUAAACCCUUACAUCACCAACGUCACCAUAGCUGCCCAGCUCUGCAGCAACUUCUUGUGUCGAGGGAAUGGCCGCUGCAUCAGAAAAAACUACAACUCCAAUCACUACCUCCAUCUAAACCCUGAGAAUUUCAGGAUCCUGCAUGUUCAGAAGCGAUACCUGGUCCUAGGGAGACCUACCCUCACAGACCUAAAGGCGCUGAGCAGGAGGUUUACCUGUCAGUGCUACAAAGGACUGAGCUGCUCUCCCAGGACAAAUAGAGAGCUAGCCAAGGCCCUGAUAUUUAGUGUGAAGCAAGGGCUGUACCAAAAGUUUCAUACUCUGAAUAAAGCCAUGUUGGAUGAUAUGCAACAAGCCAGUAUUACUAAGGACAAUGUUAAAAAGAACAUGAAAGUUAAACCACUAAAACCAAAACAUACUGUACAUUUAAACUUGGGAACUAACCAGUAAUGUAAUACAAUGUUGGACACUUUAUCUGCAAUAAUAACAGGACUCAGAAGCAUUACCUCCUAUAUGAACACUGACAGAAUGUAACAUGCUCCUAUAGUCCUGCUGAGAACAUGUUCGCCUUAUGUAAAAUCACACUUACAAACAAAUACUGUUGCUGUGGCAAUAUUAUUCCCACUGGGCAUUUGAAUAUGAUUUGACUGUAUAUGUAAAUACAUGAAAAGAGACAAGGAGCCACAGUGCUCUUGGUUCUGUGUUGAACUUACCUGUAAAAAUAGGAUGACCGGUUGAUUGAAGAGUUCUGUUAUAAAAUCUAUGAUUCUUAUUCUGUUGUAAAAGGAGCUCAUAAACAAAUGAUGAACAAAUUCAUUGUGGUCUAAUAGGAAAAGCACAGGUGUAAGUAAUUAACACUUGUGCCUCAUUAAAAUAAAUUGCUCUGAUCUCCUUAGAGGACAAAAAUGUCUGCGUAAAGAAAGUCCAGACAAUGAUAUACACCCAUAAAGUUGGAAUGAUUUUGUUUUCAGACACACUC